UUGUUAAUAAAGGUCACGCGUAGUGAGAGAUAUACACUUUUAAAAUAGAUCCUUUGCAGGUUAUGUGUUCUUGCUAGCUUCUUCCUCCGUGAUUUAUUGACUCUUUUUUGUCUUCUCAAGGCGUAUUUAGAUAGAAUCAUUCUCCCAUAAAGAGAGAGAGACAGAGACAAGAAGAAAAACAAAAGCAUUGCUCUUUACUUUACUCUGUCAUCUCCCUUCUGUAAGAACUGUUACUACGGAGACUGUUCAUGCUCUCUGUUUCUCGUGUUCUUAUGACAGAUUAGAUUUGUCUUUAGGGCUGUCUUAUCGAUACUGCCUAGAGUGUGUGUGUGUAAUAGAUUAUUAUUAAAUAUACUCUGUUUUUACCACGAUGCAAAGAGUACAAAUCAAACCAGUUGACUCCAUCGGAAAAUCACCGUCGGCCACCGUUAAGCAUCAUUUAAUAAAACAGAGCAGCGGCGGAGUCACGACGGCGGUGACGGCGGCGGAUAUGCAGGAGCCUAGCAUUGACACGGAUAAACUCAGCUACGAGAUUUUCUCCAUCCUCGAAAGCAAGUUCCUUUUCGGGUACGAUGACCCGAGCCCCGAGCAAGAAACGUCACCAACGGUUGCUGAACCUCUAAACGGCGUCGUUCCGGGGUCAGUCAAGAACCAGAGAGGGAAAGUAUGCGUUUUGAGCAUCGACGGCGGCGGGAUGAGAGGGAUCAUACCCGGGAAGGCUUUGGCUUAUCUGGAGCAAGCGUUGAAAUCGAAGUCGGGUGACCCGAACGCUCGAAUCGCCGACUACUUCGACGUCGCUUCCGGUUCAGGCAUCGGCGGAGUUUUCACGGCGAUGCUUUUCGCUUCGAGCGAUGGUGACCGUCCAAUCUUUAACGCGGAUGACACGUGGAGGUUUUUAGCGAAGAACGGUAAAAGAUUUUAUAAACCAGCGUCCGGGACCGGGAGGAUACUAAACCGGGUUAUGCAAACCGGGUCGGGUUCGAAGAAGCUGGAGAAAUCGAUGAAGGAGUCAUUCGCUGAGAUGACGCUCAAGGACACGCUUAAACCGGUUCUGAUUCCUUGUUACGACCUCACGAGCUCCGCGCCGUUCCUUUUCUCGCGCGCCGACGCGUUGGAAACGGACGGCUACGAUUUCAAGCUGUGGGAGGUUUGUAGAGCCACGUGGGCCGAGCCGGGAGUGUUCGAGCCCGUGGAGAUGAGAUCGGUGGAUGGUAAAACGCGGUGCGUUGCGGUUGAUGGUGGAUUAGCGAUGAGUAAUCCGACUGCUGCUGCGAUCACUCACGUGUUGCAUAACAAGGAAGAGUUUCCUUUCGUUAGAGGCGUUGAGGAUUUACUUGUGCUGUCUCUUGGUACUGGACAGUUGGUGGAUGUCAAGUAUGAAUGUGAUAACGUUAUGAAGUGGAAGGCUAAGCAAUGGGCUCGACCCGCGGUCAGAAUUUCUGCAGAUGGUGCGGCUGAUACUGUGGAUCAGGCGGUUUCCAUGGCGUUUGGUCAGUGUAGGAGGAGUAACUAUGUCCGUAUUCAGGCGGAUGGAUCAAGCUUUGGUCCGUGCAGACCAAACAUAGACACGGACGCUAGUGCAAGCAAUGUGAAUAUGCUUGUGGGAGUAGCGGAAGAGAUGUUGAAGCAGAAGAACGUGGAAUCGGUUAUGUUUGGUGGUAAAAAAAUCAGUGAAGAAUGCAAUUUCGAGAAGCUGGAUUGGUUAGCUGGUGAGCUCGUGCUUGAACAUCAGAGGAGGAGUUGCAGAAUUGCUCCCACUGUAGCGUUCAAGCAAUCAAGCGACAGAAGAACUAUUCAGAAGACAAUCUUCAAGGAUAUUGAUUGUAUGUUUUGAAGAUAUUGUUCAUCUUCUUUUCUUAAUUUGUAUAGAUUAAUGUUUUGACUUUUGAGUUUGGAGAAGAAAGCGAAACAUCUUCUUCAAAAAGGUUUCAUUCUCGUUCAUUCUAGUAGUAUAUCCUAAGAGGUGUGUGAUUUUUGCU